CGAGAAGUCCGAGACUGUUAGACCGCGAAUAUAUAAAGGGCAUAGAACGAGGAGCUUAAUCGCAGCAACAGCAUCAACUCCCCCACACCAUCCAGCCGGCCAAACCGCUACUCACUCACUCACAAACCCGCAUCCAGCACCAAGCCAUCACCACAAUGAAGAGCCUCCAGCACGCCGCCGCCGCAACACUCCUCGCCCUCCUCACCCUCGCCUCCCACGCAAGCGCCGAGUACGUCGGCGUCAAGUACUGCCUCGAGCCGUCCAUGGGCGGCAAAUGCUCCACCGCAUUCGUCCAAGACGCGCACGAAGACAUCCACGCUUGCUACAACAUCCCCUACGAGGACAACGACAAAGUGCAAUCGUUCGAGAUCUCCGAGGGCGAUAUCUGCAUCUUCUGGAAGGAUUUCAACUGCCAGAGCUCGCACACGCGUAUCUAUUCUGGUCUGACGAAUACUGUGACCGACUUGAAGGGCCAGAUCAGCUCGUUCCGCUGCUGCAGGGAUACGAGUUCUUGGUGUGCUAAUGGUGCGUAG